AUGGGAUUGAGUGAGGCCUAUGCUGCUGUAAGAAGCAACAUCUUGAUGAUUUCUCCCUUACCCUCUAUUAUUCUUGCUUACUCUCUUCUCAUUCAAGACGAGAAACAAAGAGAGAUAUUUGUUUCUUCUUAUCCUGUAGGAAAUCAUUCAUCUUAUUUGGUGACCGAUUGGAAUGCACCACCUCAAUAUAUUGGACACGGGAACAGGUCCCAAACACCUGAAUACAAGAGUAAGAAGGGUAAUCCAUCAUUGAUCUGGUCCUAUUGCAGGAAAGUGGGACAUUUUGUUGACAAGUGCUACAGAAUUAAUGGUUUUCCCAAUAACUUUAAGUUUACUAAGACCAAAAGGGAACCUAUUGCAAUCAGGAGAAAUGUUGUGCUACCUUUUGAACUUCCUUGCUUUCCUAGUUCUCUUUCUUAUUUUGCAGGCAAUGCUGGAAAUUAG